AUGCGCCAGCCCACUCGUACAGCCCUAGACCGCCUCCUCCAUCGCCUCCUCAAUAGAUGGCACGCCGUCCUCUCUCUGCCCUGCCAAUCCCCACCGACUUGGUACCGCGCCCGACUCAUCGAAGAGCUCCGUGAGCUGCGCUCUGCUACUACCACUGUCAGCCGACUUAGCGAGACUGCCGACGUCUUUUUCUCCAUAAGCCGUGCUCGACACGACGGCUUCCCCGUGCGCAGACUUCCUCCUCUUUCCUUGGCGCGUCAUACUGCACCCAUGAUCUACAUGGUCGCCAAAUACACAUUGAGGUGGGGGUUCUAUAGGACAGCCGCGAGGUUGUGUGGAGCGAAGGAAUGGAAGGGGGUGAGGGAAGUAAUCAACCCGGCGAAGGAUCACAAGUUGGGGGAGGUGUCGGCACGUCACAGCAUUGAUCCAGACAAGUUCCGUAACACUGGGAGGAUGCUGCGGAGGGUGUGGCCAUUGCUGCCCUAA